AUGUCAGCAGGAAGUGAGGUACAAGUUUCAGGCUCAAGACUACCAAUAUGGGCAUUAUCACCUACAGAGGAAAAGAAAGCUCGUGCUAAUUUGAAAGAUUCAGCAUAUAAGUCCUGCGACGAGUUUGUCAAAGCAAUGGCUGACUGUGCUAAGGCUCAUGGUAUUAAAGUAUUUCCUGCUUGUGAUAAACAACGUGAUAAGAUGAAAGAAUGUAUUAUAGCUUUUCAAACUGAUAAGAACCUGGAUAAUGAAAGGGAUUUAAUUGUUCUAGCAAAGAUUGAUAAAUUGGAAAAGCAGCUCAAGGAAAGAAAAAGCAGUCAAUAA